GGGUGCGCGGCUGGCGGACGGUUGGCUGCGCGCGGGUCCGGCGAGUGUUUCGCGUGAGCGGGACCGGAGCGGAGGCAGCGAGAGCCGGCGCCAUGGUGGAGAAGGAGGAAGCUGGCGGCGGCAUCAGUGAAGAGGAGGCGGCGCAGUAUGACCGGCAAAUCCGCCUCUGGGGGCUGGAGGCCCAGAAACGGUUGCGGGCCUCCCGGGUGCUUCUUGUUGGCAUGAAAGGACUAGGGGCUGAAAUUGCCAAGAACCUCAUCCUGGCAGGGGUGAAAGGACUGACCAUGCUAGAUCACGAACAGGUAUCUCCAGAAGACCCUGGAGCUCAGUUCUUGAUCCGGACUGGGUCCAUUGGCCGAAAUAGAGCUGAAGCCUCUUUGGAGCGAGCCCAGAAUCUCAACCCGAUGGUGGACGUGAAGGUGGACACUGAGAAUAUAGAAAAGAAACCGGAGUCGUUUUUCACUCAGUUUGAUGCUGUAGCUCCUGUCCUUUCCUGCCUUCUCACCCUGCCUCUGGACAGCAGCCGCCCAUUUGGUUUCGUGUAUCUACUUGAACUAAGAAGCACACUCUUCGUAUGUCUGACUUGCUGCUCCAGGGAUGUCAUAGUUAAAGUUGACCAGAUCUGUCACAAAAAUAGCAUCAAGUUCUUCACUGGAGAUGUUUUUGGCUACCACGGAUACACAUUUGCCAAUCUUGGAGAACAUGAGUUUGUAGAGGAGAAAACCAAAGUUGCCAAAGUUAGCCAAGGCAUAGAAGAUGGGCCUGAUACCAAGAGAGCAAAACUUGAUUCAUCUGAGACAACUAUGGUUAAAAAGAAGGUGGUCUUCUGCCCUGUGAAGGAAGCUCUGGAGGUCGACUGGCGCAGUGAGAAAGUCAAAGCAGCCCUGAAGCGCACAACUUCGGAUUACUUUCUCCUCCAAGCUGUUGGAGCAUUCAUCUUGAUGGCGGCAUGAUGUAUUUUUUUUAACGCACCAUGAUAUAUGACCACUUCAAGCUUGAAAGACAUUUAAGUUGUUUCCAGUUUUUUCCCAGUGUUUGGAAUUUAUUACAAAGAACCUUUCUAGGAGUGUGACUAAGGCACCCGGUGAUGCCUUUGGAAUUCCUGGUGAGUACUCUGAGAACUAAAGUGCUCCUGACCCCAGCCAUGGUGUUCUCAGUCACAUCAUGUACAUUCGAAAGCUGGACAGUGAAAUAAGGAAGACUAAAGAAGAAUUGAUGCCUUUGAAUUAACAGUGUUGACAAAGAGUAUCAAAUAUACCAUGGACUGCUAAAAGAACAAACAAAUCUGUGUAAGAAGAAGUACAACCAGAAUGCUCCUCAGAAGCAAGGGUAGCGAGACUAUGUCUCAAUAUUUUGGGCAUGUUAUCAGGAGGGACCAGUCCCUGAGAAGGAUAUCAUGCUUGGUAAAGUAGGCAGUCGCCAAAAAAGACCCUCAAUGAGAUGGAUUGACAAAGUGGCUGCAACAAUGGGCUCAAGCGUAACAAGGAUCUUGGGAAUGGCACAGGACUGGGCAGUGUUUCAUUCUGUUGUACCUGGGGUCUCUAUGAGUUGGAACCAGCUGGACGGCACCUAAGAACAGCAGCAACAGGGCGCUUGGCUGUGAUGCUUACCUGUGGCCCCAGAACAACUCACAAAGAAACCGACUAGGUUUCACUGUUGCCUAAUGGAUCACGUCGUAGGUCCUCAAUGAAUAAAUAUUUUUGGUAUGGAUUACUGGGUAUUACUUGCUUGGUCAUUGGCUCCAGUGGUGUCCAUGCAGGGUCUUCUUGCCUGCAUCCUGGGCACCCAGCAGACUUUUGAUUCCAGUGUCUCCCUGCCCUGGUCUGCCAUUCACAUAGAAACGAUUCUGACUGCCCCAUUCACAAUUGGAGCCUCCAGGGAAGCAGCUGCCCUGCCGUCAGCGUGCGUGUGUUUGCCUUGUUGGGGUGUUGAGUGUUUUUCCAGUUCACUUAAUAUGAGAGUGGCCAGACUGAAGCUUCCUGCUGCAUUUUUCCACUAUCUUGAGAGUUGGCCUCGCCAUCUGUGAGCAAAAGGUCUCAUCUUUAUAUUAUUCUCCCAUGGCAUGUUGCAAAACAUGAAGCGUGAGCUGGUUUCCUGUGGCAAAAAGUUGACUUUGAUUUGUUCCUUUUGAGGUUACUAUGAGUUUAUCAUAACAAGAGUGCUAAAAAUAUCAGGUCUAGCAUGGAAACAGCAUUCAUUUACUAGCGUGAACAAUAACACGCAGGUUUAGCCCAGAGCAGGAAGAAAUGGACUUCAUCUCAAGAUGAGAAUUGCUUAUCAGAGGAUCCUUGGCAAUCUUAACUUUCUCAGCCCCUGUUCUGAUGAGCUGUGGAAAAGUACUCAGGCCAUUCUUGAGCCACAGAUUAAAGCAGAGAAUAAUCUUAGCGCAGACAUUUUGGAGCACCUGCCAUGUGCCAGAUCCCAUGCCUGGGAACCGUCAGAUGAGUAAGAACAAGUCUCCUUGCCAAUGGAAAAGUCAGACACAAGUAACUACUUCAUCGUGAGCAGAGCUGUAACAGAGGGUUAUGGAAAACGCUGUGGUGUGGUGGUGUUCUUUCUAUUUUUAAAUGUAUUUGAAUUAUUUCAUAAUAAUCAGAAGCAAACUGUUACGGGAGCCGAGAGGACUGAAGGCCUGGCUGCCUUUGGGGAUUUGUGAAGCCUUUGAGUUGGAUUUCAGAGUAGACAGGGCUUUGCCGGGGAGAAGCAAGGCAAGGGUGAUUCAGGCAAAGAAGCAGCAGACCAGAGACCAGGGGUGCAGAAACCAUGCCCCAGGGGGCAAGAGCGCAGGAACCAGCCAGAGAUGGAUCUCCAGGGCCUUGCUCUUUGGGGCAAAGGGUUUGGCUUUUAUUCUGGUCAGCUAGUAGUUCCCCAACUGAUAGAAUCUCAGAACCCACCAGGGAACAUUUGGAAAAUACUGAUCCCUGGUCCUAGUUCAAGCCCUAGUGGAGCAGUGGUUAAGAGCUUGGUUGCUAAUGAAAAGGUCAGCGGUUUGAAUUCACCAGCUGCUCCUUGGAAACCCUAUGGUGCACUUCUGUAUCCCAUAAGGCUGCAGUGAGUAGGAAUCGACUCAGUGGCAAUGGGUAUAGGGUUUCUCAGGGUUCGGAUCCUAGCUCAGAUUUACCAAAUCAGAAGAACUAGGGGUAGAGGGCUAGUGUCUGAAGAAUCAGCCAGUGUGAGGGGAACCAUUGCCAUAGGAGAAGGGGAAUCUAUAUCCUGGAUCAAAGCAUGGAUUUACUCGUGAGUGGUUUAUCUUUAUUUUAUCGUUGUUGUUGAGAAUAUAGACAGUAAAACAUAAACCAGUUCAACCAUUUCUACAUGUACAUUUCAGGCACAUUGAUUACAUUCUCCGACUUGUGCAACCAUUCUCUCCCUCCUUUUUUCGGAGCUGCUGUUCUGCCAUUCACAAAAAUUCAUUGUCCCCUAAAGUUCCUCUCUAAUCUUUCAAGUUGCUGUUGUCACUUUUAUUCCAUAUAUAGCUAGCUCUUAAAAGAGCGUAAUGCUCAAGGCAGAUAUUUUUUACUAGUUUAGCUAAACAACUUGGUUUUGAGAAGACUUCAGGGGAUAUUUUUGGUUUAAGGUAUCUCAGGACAACAGCUUCAGGGGUUCAUCCAUCCCCUGUGUCUCCAGAAAGCCUGGAUUCCGUGUGAAUUUGGAACUCUGUCCUGAAUUGCCCCCUCCCUUUGAUGACCGUUCUUCUGUAGAAUCUUUCAUCAGAAUGUUCAGUACAUAAAUGUUUUUAUUUUAAAUGAAUAACAUAACUAUUCUGAGGCAGGAAAAAAAGGAAGUAACUGAAGUAGGUCUUGAGCAUAGUAUUUUGACUAUAUACCCUCAAACUAAAGAGAAAAAGAACCAUAAGCAAAUAUUGAAUUCUAGUUAGUAGGUUUGUUUUUCAGAGUGGUAUGAGUUAGUAAUUCUGAAACUGUUGUUGUUGUUAGGUGCUGUCGAGUCGAUUCCGACUUAUAGUGAAACCCUGUGUACAACAGAGCGAAACGCUGCCCGGAACUGCACCAUCCUCACAGCCGUUGGCUGUGUUUGAGCCCAUUGUUGCAGCCACUGCGUCAGUCCCCAUUGUUGAGGGUCUUCCUCUUUUUUGCUGACCCUCUGCUUUACCAAGCGUGAUAUCCUUCAUUAGGGGCUGGUCCUUCCUGAUAACAUGUCCAAAGUAUGAGAUAAAAUCUCUUCAUCCUUGCUUCUAAUGAGCAUUCUGGCUGUACUUCUUCCAAGGCAGAUUUAUUUGUUUUUCUGGCAGUCCAUGGUAUAUUCAGUAUUCUUCCUUUGGUCUUCCUUACUCAUUGUCCAGCUUUCACAUGCAUAUGAGGCAACUGAAAACACCAUGACUUGGGUCAGGACCUUAAAAUGACACCUUUGCUUUUCAACACCUUAAAGAGAUCUUUUGCAGCAGAUUUACCCAAUGCAAUGUGUCUUUGAUUUCUUGACUGCUGCUUCCAGUGAUGUUGAUUGUGGGUCCAAGUAAAACGAAAUCCUUGACAAUUUCAGUCUUCGUUUAUUACGAUGUUGCUUAUUGCUCCAGCUGUGAGGAUUUUUGUUUUCUUUAUGUUGAGGUGUGAUCCAUACCGAAGGCUGUAGUCUUUGAUCUUCAUCAGAAAGUGCUUCAAGUCCUCUUCACUUUCAUGAGGCAAGGUUGUGUUAUCUGCAUAUCGCAGGUUGUUAAUGAAUCUCCCACCAAUCCUGAUGCCCUGUUCUUCAUAUAGUCCAGCUUCUCGGAUUAUUUGCUCAGCAUAGAGAUUGAAUAAGUAUGGUGGAAGGAUACAACCCUGAUGCACACCUUUCCUGACUUUAAACCCUGCGAUAUCCCCUGGUCCUGUUUGAACGACUGCCUCUUGGUCUAAGUAUAGGUUCCUCAUGAGCACAAUUAAGUGUUCUGGAAUUCCCAUUCUUCGCAGUGUUACCCAUAAUUUGUUAUGAUCCACACAGUUAAAUGCCUUUGCAUAGUCGAUAAAACACGAGUAAACAUCUUCCCGGUAUUCUCUGCUUUCAGUCAAGAUCCACCUGACAUCAGCAGUGGUAUCUCUCGUUCCAUGUCCACUUCUGAAUCUGACUUGAAUUUCUGGCAGUUUCCUGUUGGUGUACUGCUGUAACCCUUUUUUGAAUUAUCUUCAGAAAGGUUUUAGUUGUGUGUGAUAUUAGUGAUAUUGUUCAGUAAUUUCUGCAUUUUUCUUUUAAUUUACUGUUUAUUGUAGGAUUGAAUAGGUAAAAUAUAUUGUGGAUAAUGAAAGCCAAGUUUUCUUAUUAUCAUAAAGAAGAGUUCCUAUGAAUUUGGAAAGAAGCUGUGGUGGUGCAGUGGUUUAGCACUCCCUGCUAACCAAAAGGUUGUCGGUUUGAACCCACCAGCAGCUCCAUGGGAGAAAAGACUUUGUGAUCUGCUCCUGUAAAAAUUUACAGCGCAGGAAACCAUAUGGGGUAGUUCUACUCCAUCCUAUAGGGCUGCUGUAAUUCAGAAUCAGCUCCAUGGGCACACAACACCAUAAGUGUAGAAGGUGGGAAAUGCUAGAAGGAACCCUGUGGUAUUAGAUUGGAAUUGAUGUUAUCAGCAUGACCUUGUGUCUUUUUGUAUAUAGAUACAGAAAUAGAUGUGUGUGUGUUCAAAAUUGUAUAUAUGUAUUUCCCAGCUCUGUUUGUUCAAGGGGCCUAAAACAAAGAUACCCCAGUCGCUGUGAACAUACCUGAUGCUCAGAUCUUGAUUGCUAAUACCUUCUUCCACUCAGAGGAACUAGGGCUUCUUGGAAACAUGGCUGAUUCCAGGGCUGGAGUAGGAAAAUUACAGGUGUGCUUGGAACAUCUUGCUAUACCAGAAAGUAAGGAAGUGUUCCAAGAAUGAUGGGGCUUGUCAAGAGAUGAGAGGAGCCAGCUUGAAGGCUCCCACUGGUCAAACGUGGGACAAUUGGAGGGUCAAAAUAAAUAAUGAUAGUAAUAGAUUACAGCCUGUGGAGUAAAAGCCUGUAAGUCCAUACUGGUAAGUAAGUGAAUGAGUUCAUAAAUGGGGGAGAGAGGAAGUUCCUUUUCGUGGUAGAGUACAAAAGUAACAACCAAUAAAUGUGGAUGAAAUGAUGGAGAUUUUUUUUUUUUAAUCGCUCCUUGGCUGUUGUUGUUGUUGUUAGGUGCUGUUGAGUUGCUUCCGACUCAUAGUGACCUAAUGCACAACAGAACAAAACGCUGCCCGGCCCUGCGCCAUCCUUACAAUCAUUGUUAAGCUUAAGCUCAUUAUUGCAGCCACUGUGUCAAUCCACCUUGUUGAGGGUCUUCCUCUUUUCCGCUGACCCUGUACUCUGCCAAGCAUGAUGUCCUUCUCCAGGGACUGAUCCCUCCUGACAACAUGGCCAAAGUAUGCAAGACGCAGUCUCGCCGUCCUUGCUUCUAAGGAGCAUUCUGAUUGUACUUCUUCCAAGACAGGUUUGUUCUUUCUUUUGGUAGUCCAUGGUAUAUUCAAUAUUCAUCGCCAAUAGCACAAUUCAAAGGCGUCAGUUCUUCGGUCUUCUUUAUUCAUUGUCCAGCUUUCACGUGCAUAUGAUACAGCUGAAAAUACCAUGGCUUGGGUAGGCUCACCUUAGUCUUCAAGGUGACAUCUUCGCUUUUCAACACUUUAAAGAGGUCCUUUGCAGCAGAUUUCCCCAAUGCAAUGUGUCAUUUGAUUUCUUGACUGCUGCUUCCAUGGCUGUUGAUUGUGGAUCCGAGUAAAAUGAAAUCUUUGACAACUUCAGUCUUUUCUCUGCUUAUCAUGAUGUCGCUCAUUGGUCCGGUUGUGAGGAUUUUUUUUUUCUUUAUUUUGAGGUAUAAUUCAUACUGAAGGCUGUGGUCUUUGAUCUUGAUCAGUAAGUGCUUCAAGUCCUUUUCACUUUCAGCAAACAAGGUUGUGUCAUCUUUAUAACGCAGGUUGUUAAUGAGUCUUCCUCCAACACUGAUGCCCCAUUCUUCACGUCGUCCAGCUUCUCAGACUAUUUGCUCGGUGUACAGACUGAAUAGAUACGGUGAAAGGAUAUAACCCUGACACACACCUUUCUUGACUUUAAACCAAUCAGUAUCCCCUUGUUCUGUCCAAACACCUGCCUCUUGAUCUAUGUAAAGGUUCCUCAUGAACACAAGUGUUCUGGAAUUCCCAUUCUUUGUAAUGUUAUCCAUAAUUUGUUAUGAUCCACACAGUCGAAUGCCUUUGCAUAGUCAAUAAAACACAGGUAAACAUCCUUCUGGUAUUCUCUGCUUUCAGCCAGGAUCCAUCUGCCAUCAGCAAUGAUAUCCCUGGUUCUGUGUCCUCUUCUGAAACUGGCCUGAAUUUCUGGCAGUUCCCUGUCGAUAUACUGCUGCAGCCGUUUUUGAACGAUCUUCAGGAAAAUUUUGCUUCUGUUUGAUAUUAAUGAUACUGUUCUAUAAUUUCUGCAUUUGGUUGGAUCACCUAAAUUUCUUGGGAAUAGGCAUAAAUAUGGAUCUCUUCCAGUCAGUUGGCCAGGAAGCUGUCUUCCAUGUUUCUUGGCAUAGACGAGUGAGCACCUCCAGUGCUGCAUUCGUUUGUUGAAACACCUCAAUUGAUAUUCCAUCAAUUCUUGGAGCCUUGUGUUUUGCCAGUGCCUUCAGUGCAGCUUGGACUGCUUCCUUCAGUACUGUAGAUUCCUCAUCAUAUGCUGCCUCUUGAAACGGUUGAACAUCAACCAGUUAUUUUCGGUAUAAUGACUGUAUUCCUUCCAUCUUCUUUUGAUGCUUCCUGCGUUGUUUAAUAUUUUCCCCAUAGAAUCCUUCACUGUUGCAACUGGAGGCUUGAAUUUUUUUCUUCAGUUCCUUCAGCUUGAGAAAUGCCAAGUGUGUUCUUCCCUUUUGGUUUUCUAUCUCCAGCUCUUUGCACAUGUCAUUAUAAUACUUUACUUUGUCUUCUCAAGCCGCCCUUUGUUUGGCUAUCACCAUGUUACUAAAAAUUGUUUCAGGCAAGAAUCAUCAAUGUAUGCUAAAACUGUUGGGGGAAGUUCGCUGAGAACCAGAAUAGUUAUGUAGUCUCAAAGUCGCUCUCCACAAGAUGCUUUUUAAUUAGUUAUAAAGAGAAACAUUGGAGAACCUCAGCAGGUAGUACCUCAAUCAGCAGAGCAAAGUUAGCAUCUUAGGAACGAGACAUAUAGACAUCGUGCCUUCCAGAGGUAGGUAUACAAUAUCACUUCCUGCCCAGAGUGCAAAACCUGAGUCUAACGGUGGAAAAUGACAGACAAACGCAAACUGAGGACCAUUCUAUAUGAUAAAUGGUCUGUAGUGGCCACAAAGGGAACCCUGGUGAUGCAAGGUUUAAACACUUGGCUGCUAACUUGAAAGGUUGACAGUUUAGACUCCCCCAGUGUCUCCAAGAGGAAAGACCCAGGGAUCCACUUCUGUAAAGAUGGCAGCAAAGAAAACCCUGUGAGACAGUUCUACUCUGUCACAUGGAGUCGCUAUGAGUCAGAAUCGACUCCGCAUAAGCCAAUAACAACAACAGUCUUCGCAAAUGUCGUGAAGGACUGAGGAGCUAUUCCAGUUUAAAGGAGAAUAAAGAGACUUGGUAACUAAAUAGAAUCCUGGACUGGAUCCUAGAAUAGGACAUUUUUUUUUUCUCCUUUUGUUGUAAAGAACAUUAAUGGAACAAUUGGUAAAAUUUGAGAGAGUUCUGUAGAUUAGACAGCAGUACUCUAGCAGUGUUAAUUUCAUAAUUUUGUGGUUAUGUAAGAGAGUGCCCACGGUUUUUAGGGGCAGCUUGAUUUCAAAUCAUUCAGGGAAAAAAUGUGUAAUAUAGCUACCAAAAAAACCACACUUGUUGCCGUCGAGUCGAUUUCAACUCAUAGCGACACUAUGUAUAUAAGGAAAUAUAAGAACAAAUGUGAUAGAAUGUUAACACGUGGAGAAUUUAGGUGAAGUUAUGCAGGAAUUUUGUGUGCAGUUUUUGCAAAUUUUCCUUCUAGAAGUCUAUAAUUAUGUAAAGAUAUAGUUGAAAAUAGAAAAGAAAAAAAAAGCCCACCUCAUUACCUGGGAAAUUCCAGAUAUUGGUGAGUAGACAAUCUCUGUAAAGAGCUCAGAUCCAAGAGCAGCCCAUAGGACAGACUCAUUUAACAGUAUAUCAUCAUCUUUUCAGAUCAGAGAACGGGGGUUCUUAAUCUGAUAUUGUUGUUAUUGGGUGCCGUCAAGUUGAUUCCAAUUCAUAGUGACCUAAUGUGACAGCAGAACUGCCCUAGGGUUUUCUUGACUGUAAUCCUUAUCAGAGUAGACCGCUAGGUCUUUUUCUCAAGAAGCUGCUGUGUGGGUUUGAACUGCCAACCUUUAACCAUUGUACCACAAGGGCUCCUUAAUCUGCAAUUACAUGUGUGUAUCUGGGAGGGAGCAUUUGAUUUGGUUCUCCCAGAUUUGUAAAGGCGCCUGGAACCCCACUCUGUGCGAGAACUACCACACCUCAUGAGUGAGCAGCGCAGCUACUCUUAAUCAAGUGGAAGUGCUAAGACCACUACUGCACUACCAACUCUGGACCAUCCUGAGCAAGGCUGCCGUGGGCUCCAGUGCGGACACUUGCUCCACAGAAAGAAUUUCCUCUGCCAAGCAGUGGUGUUGAGCAGAGUGUAGGGGGGUGUAUUUGCAUAUAAAUAAUGUAGGGUGCUAACUGCAAACAAACCUUCAACUUUAGUCUAGAGCUCUGGGAUUAAGGAUGGUGUCUGGGAAGGCACUUGGGGACAAACCUGGGAUGGAUUCCCAAUGUACCCUUUAGCCAGCCCCGUGGCCUCAAGUGAGUCCCUUCAUCUUGCUGAGCCUCGCGGUUAGUGGGAGGGGAGGAUUAGAGGUGAGGUGCCUACGUACUGCCUGGCUGGCUCUGUUUUUGUGCAGAUGUACACUCAGGCUCAGAAUGAGUCAUUGAAAUCAGUGUUCUGAGUUGAGCUGUUAGUUUUGAUUCAGCCCAUUCAAAGAACUUGACUGGCAGCUCCUUUUACGUGGAGCCUGAGACAGACACUCUAAGUGGCUCUCUAGGGAAUGGAGCUGAGUUCAUUUUAGACGCUUCCUGUUCUCCCUCAUGUUCACAUGGUAGAGAGAAUUUUCCCAUAGGGCUGCCUCCCAACUUCAGCCUUCAUCAGGGGCCUAACCUCUGUACCAGCCUCCAAGAUCUGCCUUCUGAUCUCCUCCUGGUCUCUGAUCCUCACGGGUCACCAGACUGAGUCUGUCUAAACACCAAAGCCCAACAUGCUUAAAACUCAUCCAUGAUUUGCUUCUGCCUUAAGGAGACAAUUCAGACCUCCUGGAUUGGCACCCCAGACCUAGGUCUGCUGACCUCUUUCUCCUUUCCAGUGCACUCUGCACUCCUCAAACCCUACAGACAAACAAAAAUCCAAAACCAUUGCUGUCAAGUCAGUUUCAACUCAUAGCAACCAUAUAGGACAGAGUAGAACUGCCCCAUAGGGUUUCCAAGGCUGCGAUCAUUAUGGAAGCAGACUGUCACAUCUGUCUCCCAUGGGGUGGCUGAUGGGUUCGAACUGCUGACCUUUCAGUUAGUAGCCAAGUGCUUGCCCACUCAACCACCAGGACUCAUUUGAAAUACUAUACUCAAUGCCCUAUUGAACUACUUGCUGUCCCCCAGACCUCUGUCACCACAUGGUAUCAUCCUCGUUUCUACACAUGUUCCUGCUUGCUUCAGGUCUCCCCAUUCUCUGCUCAGCUCUGAUGGUACCUCUUGGAAACUAACUCCCAUAUCUGGCUUAAGUUUCCUUCCUUUGUAAUCCCAUAACACCCUCUGGACAACAGAGCUAAAUCGAGGGCAAAGGCCACAGCUGCCUCCUCUUUUGAUUUUACAGCACAGCCUGACACAGACCGGGGGCGUCGUAAAUGUGGAUUGGUCGAUUCCUCAGACUACCUGUCCCAAGUUUGGAGAAUCUGACCAAUUCUUAACCUGUGGCAUCAUUAAUUUAUUUUAGGUUCAUGUGAAGCUGUCUAGAUCAGUGCUGAUUUGCAUUGUUGGCCUUUGACCUUUUCUGCACUCUGCCACAAGACAGCAGAAGCACCUCUAAGCCCCAGACUUGGCUGCAGGACUGUGCCUAAACCAUCCAAAGGAUCCGACAGUGCUUCUUGCUUCCUGGACAGUGCUUGUCCAGGGACUAAGAGUUGGUUAAUAACCACCCAGCAGCUGAUAUCUGCUAGGAGCUGGUGGGGUCAGACCCUCUUUGGGGAAAUGAGUGGUCUUUGUUAAGAUAGCUGAUUGUUUUUGGUUCAUAAUAAGCCAAACAAGUUUGGAGUUCAUGUCUACUUUCUCUUGCCAGUAGAACCUUCUCAGUCACCCAAGCUCAAAACUCUGAAGUCUCCAAAUUUGGAUUCAGAAGAAAAGUUUAGAUCCCAGCUCUGGCAGAUAUAUUCUGGCUUCUGGGCCUGAGACAGGUCCUUUCUCACUUCUCAUGCUAUCUCACAUGGAAUGGGGGAAUGACAGUAACCCCUCACUCCCACUGGUCAUGUGUAGGAGAGCCUUAGAAAUGGUUAGUUUUCUCCUUUUUCUCAUGAUAAAAAGUAAGACAUCCUCUUAGUAAAACGUUCACAUACCUCAGAAGAAAAUACUGUUGCUUGCAUAACAUUCCAGAACCUUUUUUGGAAAUGUACCUAAUACUUCUUCAUCUCCAAGUGAUCCCGUGUUGAGGCACUUGGGCUGUUUUUACUUUUUUACUGUUACAGAAGGCUUUCAAGAACUUUGUUAUCCUUGAUUCCUCGUGUCUUAAACCCACCCCUGCCAUACCUCCAGCCUCCCUGUUACAUGAUAUUUAAAUGGCUGUGUCUCUAAACCCCAGCUUAAUUUCGUGGUCAGCUCUCCUCAGAAGGAAUUUAAUUUUAGAACUUGUAACUUUUGCAGACCAGGCGGGGGGCAGCCCUGGCUGCUUGGGCAUAAGAUGGCCCGGCUGUUCUGGUGUCCAGCAAUGACAAGCACUGCCAAGGAGGAGACAGCCACGGGGAAACGGGUUCUGAUAAGAGGGUAGCAGCUGAGUACUUGUUGAUUUGCUGCUUUCAUGACCACAGAAGUUUAAAAAUAAUUGGUAGGGAGAAAGAAAAAAAGCAGUGGUUUUUUUUUUUUUUUGCUUUUUGCUUUUGUUUUGUUUUAAUGCCACUGCUUUAUCAGUGAUGGAGAACGCAGAGACCACAGUCAUUCAGAAAGGGAGAAGACACAGCCAUGCAGAGAAGAGGUGAGGGGAAGGGCAGGAGGGACCCAAGUCACAGCUCAGGUAGACCCAGGCUUUAUAGCUACCAGGAGUAGAACCCAGGGAGAGAGCCAAACCAAACCCACUGCUGUUGGGUCAAUUCCGACUCAUAGCGACCCUAUAGGACAGAGUAGAACUGCCCCAUAGAGUUUCCAGGGAGCACCUGGUGGAUUUGAACUGCCGACCUCUUGGUUAGCAGCCAUAGCACUUAACCACUACGCCACCAGGGUUUCCAGGGAGAGAGCAGGCUCUGGCUAAUACCUGCUCCUCCUUAAUCUGAAAAGUAGGCCUAGGGCUAGGUCUGGCACGUAGGGUUGAGGUAAGAUUGUGCAUUAGUAGCUGUUGCUUCAGUACUUCACAUGCACCAUGAUCAUGUUAAAUCUUCAAAACACUCUCAUGAGAGCAGGUCUAACCAUUAUCCCAUCUUCACACAAGGAAAUUGAGCCUUAGAGAGGCCAAGCCGUUUGUCCAGGGUCCUCAAACCUAGUGUGGUUAGAGUCGGAACUCGGACCGAGACAGGCAUCCCCAGAGCCUCUCAUCUUAAGCCGCCCUGAUGCUGAGGCUCUGAAAGGCCUAAGGCCGACUUGAACUGUUAGCUUAUUCAUAUCACCAUGUCCCUUAUUUUAUCUUAACUUCACAGGAGUCCCGUGACAUUUUCAUAUUUCACUCUUGCAAGUGGGAAACUGAGGCCCACCGGGACCAGACUGUAAUAAUGGGCAGCAUUGUCAGCAACCUGCCUUGCUAUGGCCAGUUAGUUUCUUUCUCUGCAGCCCCAUGUCGCCCCCACUCCCGGGUUAGCCUGUGCACGAGCUGCUCGCGGGCCCCGGGGCCCAGCUGCGAUUCUUGUUGAAAGCCUCACAUCUUUUCUCUGCCUGUCAGACAGCAGUCACGGGAACGUCCUGUGCCAUCUUCCCUCGGCAGAGUGGUUGGCAGAAAGCAGCAGAUGCCCAGAGUGAAGGUCAUGUGCCGCUCAAGUGCUGGGUGGAGAACAACCCCCUCUCCCUGCUGCUUGUGACUGGCAGGUGGGUCGUGCUGUGGAGGGCUCUGUUGGGGUGUCAGGCAGAGCAGACAGGGAUGAGCUGGGGGACUUGAUCAUUGUCCUCCUUUAUUAUCAUUUGCCUCUGCAUUUUAGUUUUUUUUUUUUUUUUCUGAUCCCCUUCGUUUUGUAAAUUACAGCUUUUCUGUACUGGUUAGAAUGUUCCAUUUGCAAGGGGAGCCUCAAACUCAGGCACCACUUGACGUUUUUUAGGAGAAGAAUAGAAUGUUUGGCUGGGACCAAAGUCUGAAUGGCUGGCUUACAUUAUUCUAAACUGGCAGGCUCUGGGGCAGGGUGCUGGAAAUCCAUUUGAAGUGGAUUUUUUUUAAUUAGCAUAUCUUCUUAUCUUGUCUCUGUUCCUAGGGAAACAGUACCACAUGAAAGCUAGGCCUGGCGGCUUUAGAGCCCAGUGUGAUGUUGUAACCCUGAGACUCUCUCUCCUAACGCCUUGGGCUCUCUCCUCUCAAGUGGGCAUGGUAACACCUGUACCUACGCCACUGUGUUUUAUGUUUAUUUUUACAUAGCAGAGCUCCUUAUUUCUUUUUUUUUCUACCUUAAGUAUAGCAAAAAAAAAAAAAAGUGAAUAAAUAUGAAUAGAAACUACUUGAACAUAAUUUUAAUAGCUGUAUAUUUCAUUCUGUCUGUAUCAUGUUUUAUGUAACCAUGCUACGAUUAGAUGUGAGAUUAUGGCCAAAUUUUCUGUGGCGUAAAGCACACUGCAGUGAAUGUUUUUGCACAGUUUGGUUUCCUUGUGAAAGCUUCUUUAUAAUAGUCAAGGAGCACGACCUGUUUAAAACUCCUCAGUGCCACGUUUCCACAUUGUUGAUGAGAGUUGCCGCUCUCCCCAGCUGUGUGAGAGUGUCUGUCCCCCAGCCUUUUUGCUUGUGUUGAGUAAUCUCGUUCUUUAAUUUGAUAGGCAAAAAACGGCAUGUAGUUUCAGGGUCACUUCUGAGAAAUAGUACUCUCCUUUUCCCCAUCAACAACUUUCAUCUGGCCGCCGCAAAUGCUUUUCAGAAGAGAGUGAGAUGUAAAUAGCAAGAGUCAUCUUCCUUGCCCUUUUUUGAGCCAGUAAUGUGGUGAGGUCACAGGCUAGGUUUCUUUGGAGAGACGAAGGGGUGGCCAGGACUUUGAGCUCAGAAAGGGGCAUUUCAGAGUAAGCCUUCAGAGGGGGCCUCUCAGGAGAUGAGGUUCUCUGGAGAAAGAGAUCAAAGUAUCAUGUGACUGUGGUGACAGACAGGAGCUAAUGAGUGUGCCCUCUGCUGAUGGUGGCCUCCUCAGGGGAGGUGGGGGCCU